CUCACUCCAUUCGUGCACGCGCCGGUCGGUCGCUAGAGACGGUGUUGCUGAACCGAGAGAGAGAGAGACAAGAGAGAGAGAGAGAGAGAGAGAGAGAGAUAGAAACGGCUGAUGUGGUAGGAACCGAGAUAGAGAGAGACGGCUGAUGCGGAUAUAAAGCCACUGGGACUCUUCAUAAUGACAUCUUGUAUCUUCCUGACGAAAUCACAAGCUCCUGUUGGUCUUGUGAACAUCUAUCUACAGGCAUUCUGCCUAACAUCGUUAUGAGAUUUACUAAGCAGCUGUAAUACACUAGUAUUCACACACACACACACACACACACACACACACACAAGCAAGCAUGGCACCAGUCCCACCUGGCAUCCGCUUCCUAGCGUCCUUCAACAGGGUCCAGUGGUACAGGGCCUUCACGUUUGCGCUCACGUUCCUGCUCUACACAAGCUUCCAUCUGUCCAGGAAGCCCAUCAGCAUCGUCAAGAGUGAGCUGCAUAAGAACUGCUCUCAUGUCAUGCGAGCGCCUACAGAGAGCAGCAGCAGUCAGCAGACUGUACUUCACCCUGAACUAGACUGCAGCUGGAAACCAUUCGACAGAAAUAACUAUAAGCAGUUGCUCGGAGCAAUGGAUUACUCUUUCCUGUGUGCUUAUGCAAUAGGCAUGUAUCUCAGUGGAAUAAUUGGAGAGCGUUUGCCCAUUCGCCUGUACCUGACUGUGGGCAUGCUGACCAGUGGUCUUUUCACCUGUCUCUUUGGACUGGGAUACGUCUAUGACAUCCAUAGCCUGGGCUUCUAUGUAUUUGUUCAGGUGGCCAAUGGUUUGGUUCAGACCACUGGUUGGCCUAGUGUUGUGACUUGCAUUGGUAACUGGUUUGGCAAGGGCAGGAGAGGCCUCAUCAUGGGUCUGUGGAACUCUCACACAUCAGUGGGCAACAUCCUGGGAUCUUUGAUCGCUGGAUAUUACGUCUCCUCUAACUGGGGUCUGUCCUUCAUCGUCCCUGGAGUUAUCAUCGCUGCUAUGGGAGUCAUCUGCUUCCUCUUUCUUAUAGAGCAUCCGAAUGAUCUGAAGAUCGCCAUUGCACAGAGCUCAGCUCCAAGCAGUCAGAAGGUUCAUAAAAACUGGAAUGGUGUGAAUGGACAUAAAGACCUUUACUUGCAGUACAAGCCAGGAGCUAAAGCCCAGAGCUGGGACACAGAGCUUCUGCUGGGACAGGAGAGCGUUGGAGUGUGUGUUCCUGUGCAGCAGCAGCAGGUGGUGGUGGUGAAGAGCGAGGCUGAACCGUCGCCCAUCAGCUUCAUGGGAGCUUUACGCAUUCCUGGAGUGGUGGAGUUCUCUCUCUGUCUGCUGUUCGCCAAGUUGGUCAGUUAUACCUUCCUCUUCUGGCUGCCCCUCUACAUCACUAAAGCAGUUCACCUUGAUGCCAAGAAAGCUGGAGACCUUUCAACUCUGUUUGAUGUGGGAGGCAUUGUUGGAGGGAUCCUGGCUGGAGUGAUCUCUGAUAAGAUGGAAAAGAGGGCCACCACUUGUGCUGUGAUGCUUCUGCUGGCUGCGCCCACACUCUACGGCUUCUCUAUGAUGAGUCAGUUUGGUCUGGGUCCCACUAUCGGCAUGCUGCUGGUGUGUGGUGGUUUAGUCAAUGGACCGUAUGCUCUCAUCACAACGGCUGUCUCUGCUGACUUGGGCACACACAAGAGUCUGAAGGGCAAUGCCAGGGCUCUGUCUACAGUCACAGCUAUUAUAGAUGGCACUGGAUCUGUUGGUGCUGCUGUGGGACCUUUGUUGGCAGGAUUGCUGUCAGGACAAGGCUGGGAUCAGGUCUUCUACAUGCUCAUGACCGCAGACUUUUUAGCACUGCUGCUUUUGCUGAGACUUGUGAUGAAGGAGCUUUGCUCUCAUAGGAAGCGUCCAGGAGUCACCGUCGAACUGAAGGAACAUUGAGCACUUUGCACUGGAUAUACAUGUUCAUAUCUGACAGCUUCCUACCCUGGACCAAAACUUGACUGAAACCUGUGCUUAGUCCUCGGUUUUAGAAAAGAGACAUUUUAUUUCCUUUCUCAGAUGGGGAAGGGUGAAGCAACUUUAUAUUUUCUUACAGAAUAUUUUUCUCUCUAGUUCAUCAUGAAGAUUUAGUCUGGACCUGCAGCUCUGCUUGCAUUUGUCCUUUGGUUGCACCCAAACAAAUGAACAUGACUCAAUAUGAGAUCCAGCCUAAAUAUCCCUCCAGUUAAAUAAUGCACAAUUGCACAACCAAAAGUAGCCUCCCUUUGCUGCUAACAAGGGGAAUUUAAAAGAAUAGCAGUAUAAUUUCUGCUUCUAGAUCCCCGCCGGGCACACAGCGCCUUCAUUAAACACGCAGAACAAAUGUCCCGUAGAUAGUUCAUAAAUCCUUUCUUGCAUGAAUUGUCACAUCGAAUUGAACAUGACCGUUUAUGUAAGAAUGGUUUAAGAAUGAUUUACACCUAAUUUUGUUCUGCUCGUGUUUCAUAAACGAGGCUCAUAGAGAGCACAACCGAUUGUCUGUUUAUUUAUUUAUGUAUGUUUGUGUGUGUAUAUAUAUUAUAUGCUAAAUCUAUAAUAUAUUAUAAAUCUCAUCUGCCUUUCUAUAAACCAAAGCCAAUCAUGUUAGAUGUUGAGUAAAUGUGUUAUAUCUGGGUUUUCUGUGUCUUACUGUGGUGACGUUAAUGGUUCUCAUCCUGUGUUUAUAUAUGAAUAGGGGAUCUACUAGCUGAUUAUGACAAAUUAUUUUCUUUUAUUGAAUUGUAUCUUUAUUUAUUUUUUCACCGCUGGCCUGUGAUUUAAUAAAUAAACGCUGUGUUUUGAGUCGGUAUGACGGAAGGUUAAUAAUAAUGUUUAUCAGACCACUAUUCACUCGUAUUCAAGCUGUUCUAAUUAAUAAUAGAAGAUGUAUCGACAUUAUAAUUUGUUUUCUCUGUAGGAUGCAGUAUGAAAUGUUUGCAGGUUUAAAAUGUUCCCAUCCAGCUCAGUUUGUACGAUGUGUGAGCGAACCCAAAGCGUCUCCUUGAUUGUAAUUGUGUGUGCACAUUCAGGACCCACACCUGCCUCGGCAGCUAAUAAAUAUUUAUAGUGUCUGUUUGAAUGUUCAGGUUUCUGUGGGAUUGUGUCGUUCUGCAGAGCUGGAGGACCUCUUAUGUAAUCAUGUGUGCAGCACGUGAGCAUUUGCCCUUACAAGACGACAUACUCUUGGUAAAUGAAUGUUUCUGUAUCAUUUCUGGAUAGAUCCCUGGUGUAAUGAGAGAAAAUACAUUGUGCCUUCUUUCUGUUUGUGAUUUUGUAUAGGGAUGUCUCUGGAGUGUUCAUUUUGAAGUUAUUAUCAGCACCUUUACAGAAUCUGGGAACAAAUAAAGUUUUAUAAAUUAGCUGUACUGUGUUGCUGCGUGUACAAAGAGGACUUUGAAUAAAGCAGACACGAACGGAAA